UCCAGAGACUGCUUAGCUUUCCACAGCGCUCGUUGGCAAAUUCUGGACUAACCAACGGUUUUCGUUAUUAUUCCCGUGUUGUGGUUGUUCUGCAGGUUUUCUUAGAACCAGAUAUCACGGUACUAGCUCGCAUACACCUUUUGAUUUUAGCGUGGAGGUCGGAACAUCUGCCGUAGCGAUCACGGGAGGACUUUCGCUUUUAAAUCACUGCACACUUGUGUCAUUGCAGUAUGUAUCUGUACGAAAAUAGGAUUCGAUCAGUGCACACGUGGAAUAGUGUGGACGUGGAAGUGAAUGGAAUACUGCAGCACGGCUACCUUAUCGGCCUGGAAGAUAUCGAUGGCGGCUCGCAACGCCUUAUCGUGGAUUUCAGAUGCCCAGGACAACGGUUUGUGUCCAUUGAAUACGGGAACGUCCUGGACAGUUCCGAUAAGACGAUUAACGAAUUGUGGACGCGGCAGAGCCAUGAAAUAGUCACUGCGCUAGCAGGUAACAGUCAUCCUAGUGUGGAGGUGCUGCUCCGCGAUAAGCCUAAUCAUCCAUGGAAAUGGUAUCCCGCUAAGUUGCUUAAGUGCAUCUUGGCUUUACCGACUCGCGCUCUGGUCGAGGUGAAGCUAGCAAAACAGAGUAUCCGCAAACUACUGCAAACAAAUGCGUUUGCCGCUUUCGGCAGAAGCACGUCAGCUCAGAAUACUUCAUCCAGGCCAUUUCGUAAUACGGUUGUUAAUCUUUCCUGACGGAUGUUGGACCACUUUGGAGCCUGCGGUGGCAAGGCGGAUGCACCGUGCAAUGCAGGGUGACAAAAUGCGCAUUGUAUCUGUCGUUGGUGAGAUGAUGACCUAUCUGCAGCGGUGUGAUGACAAUCCGCUGGAUGUUGAGAGAGAACUAAGUUAAAAAGCAGCAUUUUCUCAUCCUUCCGCAGUCGCAUACACAGCGACACUGAAAGAGAAGCCCACCACACACCAGUAAAUGGGACGAACCGAGAGGAAGCAGUGGUUAAUGACAAGAUCAGUUUGAUGCUCCCAACAGAGAUUCUAAAGGAGAUUUUCUUGUCUCUGGACAUCAUCGACCAGCAACGAUGUCGACGCAUCUGCCUCUGUGGGCAACUUCUAAACUCGGCAGAACUGUACCGUGCCAUCCAUGUGCAUAUGCAUCCCAAGAGCUUGAUUAUUUUUCCGAAUUCCGAUUAUGGCGCUUUCGCGUGCAUCGUCAAGUAUUUUACACCAUCAACGCAUAGCACCUUCUUGCGGGAUAUCAUCACUUUCGGUUUGAACAGUAAAGGAGGACAGGAAGUCCAAAGUAGCGCCGGUACAGCGGUCAACUGCAUUCAGCAUUUGCUGGAACGCACCGGCGCUCACCUGGAUCGAGUGGUGCUGUUCGACAGCAACACGUCCGUCUUUGGACGUCACUGGACUCUGCAUGAUUUCUUUAACAACCUGGCGCAAGCAUAUUCCAGAAUGGCACCGUGGUGCCCUCGGAUAAUCUGGAGAAGUUGUUCGCUUUCUUACUGCCACGAUAAGUACGACAUCGUGUUCCGAAUUCCCGAUGCGUGCUUCAGUCUGCGGGCCCUUAAUGCAAUACAAAUUUGGGACUUGUUUGAAGAACAUCUGAACUAUGGAAAGCAGCUGGAAGUGGAGAUUAUUGCACAGUGGAUAGAAGAGCAUAUCAAAACGAAAUCCGCCAAAAAUUGCGUUCCGAUCAUUCAGAUUUUGGAAGCGUGCCAAUGCUGCGAUCCGCGUCCUUCAAUCUGUUUUAACCGAAAGUGGACCCUAGACAAUCUGGACAGCUUAGAAACUGGAAAAUUAAAUCGAUUAUGUUUGUAUGCUUUGUCAUUUUACAUGCUUAAGUGGAGCGGAACAUUCUCUGUAAACCAGCGCAAGAUGUGACGAAGAAUAAGAAAGCGAUUUAUUGAAAU